GGUGAAGGGGAGGAGUGUAUUUCUGUGUGUAUGUAUGUGUGUGUGCGUGCAUGCGUGUGUGUGUGUGUGUGUGUGCGCGUCUGUGUGCAUGCAUGAGACUUAGAUUGAGCCUUAUGUGAGGCUUUGCGUGUGUGUGUGUGUGGUUGUGUGCAAGUGUAUCCGUCUAUGCAGACGCAAAAGAUAACCAGAUUACGACUGAGUUUCCUGCUUAACAUUUUUAGUUGCGGUGGGGCAUCACGUUUUACUCAUAUUUCUAUUAAUGUGCUGCCUUGUCACUCCAUUCACCUCUAGCUGUUUUGGGAGGACCUUAGCAAUACAGGUUCAGGGGUCAGUUCAGUGGAUGGCCUCAGAAUCAGCCCAAUGGAAGGGGGGCCAACCGACCAUGCGGAAGAAAGCAGGCUGAGACAGGGGGCACUGCCCAGCUUGGUUAAUGGAGAGUGGAGGUCAAAGGAGAAACUAGAGCAACUUGGGCUGCCGAAAAAAGGAAAGGUAGAAGAGAAGUCUUUGUUUACUGAAAAUGAAUCAGAAACUAUCAAGAAAGAAGAAGGACAGGAAUGGAUGGAGGACAAUGAGUCAAUAAUGUCACCAUUUAAUCAUACUGUACAAAACAAUAAAUGCUGGCAGAAUUUUGCAUCUGUGGCAAAUCAUGACAGCCAACAAGAUAUUGUGCAACAUGCAGCAGCCAGUAUUGUUGAUUCUGUAGCUCCCACUGAUAAUGUAGAUAUGGAAGAUGCCCAGAAUUUGGUGGCCUUUUCAGCAAAUGCUGUAUCCAUGACAUCUUCUACCAACACCAGCGCUCUCAAUGAAGCUGAACUGCAGACCAUGCAGCUUUAUGAAAAAUUCAACAUGGAAAUGAGUGGACUUAAUGCUGAGAGUGGACUACCAGAGAUAACAGGCAGUGGUAGUGGAUCAGAUGCUACUGGCAGUGCCCCAGACAGCUGUACAGAGGACCUGAGCACAUUAAGAACUGCCUUGAACCUUGCCAAGCUUGGCAAGAAGCCACCUAAUUGUAACUGUGAUGGUCCUGAGUGUCCCGAUUACCUAGAGUGGCUGGAAAAAAAAAUUAAACAGGCCACUAUGACACUACCAAGCUGUGGAGCCAUUCAAAAUGAUGCCCAUCCUCAUACUCCCUCAAGAAUAACAGCAACUGUUGCCAGCAAUGCAUUUUCUGACCAGUUAUCUUCUGUUCAAACAGUUGGCACCCCUUCUACUAUCAGGCUUAAUGUCAUGGAAGCAGAUGUAAAACACAGAACGCAGGCUCCUGAACGGUCUGACUGUCUUAGUUCAAAGAUAUUCCCAGGGGAAAGCACUCUGCCCUACUCCCAAAAUGCCCUCUCUCUUGCAAAAGAGAAAAAAAUCACCCUGCAGAUGGCAAUCGCUAUUGAAGCCCUGACUCAGUUAUCCACCAUCCCUCAGAACAUUGUACAAGGUGAGGAAACGUCAGCAGCAAACCACCUCCAUCAUCAUCCUCAUGGUGAAAGCAAUGUGCUCCAAGGGUCCUCCUCCUCCUCCUUUGCCGUGAAAAAUCAGGGUAUGGUGGCGACUUCUUCCACUACUGCUUCUGCUCUACCGAAUGACACCGCUGAUCACCAACAUGCCUUACAGAUGCAAAUCCAGAUGUCCCGCAAUGCUAGCCAAAAUAGUUCCAGUUCUGAUGCUCAGAUGGAGCAAGGCUCACCCCAGUUAUUUCACAACCAAAACAUUUCAGCGUCUGGUGCUCAGAGGCAGUGGCUAAAAGAGGACACUUUUUGGGACAACCUCCUAAAAGGUCAACCUAUUAACACUACCACUUCCAGGCUAGAGGAAGAUUCUUUAUCAGAGCCUAACAACAGCAGUGCAACACCAGUUUUACAAAACGCAUCAGAUGCCUUGUUUCCCAGAUCUGGACCUGGUGCAAAUACUAAACCUUCGUUGGAAAACAGUAAGCUAAUGUGGCAUGGAAAUAGUGAAGGCAGUAGCUGUGAAAACUUUAACAAACCCAGCCCACAGACCAAUCCCUGGAUGAUGGCCAAGCAGAAUUGUCCAUCUCCUCCUUUCCCUUCAAAUGACCCAAUGACAGAACUCAGACAACUGCUGGGCGAUGCAAGUUUUAAGUACGUACAGCCAGUGUUUAAGGUGCCAGAAAUAAUGCAACAUAAGAGAGAGAAAGGAGAGUUUCAUGCCUCAAAACCUAUAAAGGAGCCUCAGCAUUUGAGUGUAGACAGUGAUCCUGGAGAACGUAAAUAUCAUGGUUGGACCAGUGGGCAACAAGCAAGCCACAAUCUGCUCCCUUCUGCCACUAUGAGUUUGCACCAGAAGACCCAGGCAGCUUUACAGCAGCACCUCCAUCAUAAGAGGAAUCUUUUUCAGGAGCAGGACUUGCAGAACUGGUGGGCCCUUGGUGGCUUUGAGACACCACCCAUUAAACAAGAGGUGAAAGAGAAAAAAGGAAAAAAUUAUGCAUCUCUGUCACAGAAACAACAACAACUUCUUUUGGGUCUUCAGCAGCCACCCCAACCCAAACCCAAACAGAUUAUCAUUAAAAAGACCAAGCAAAAAGCCUCUGUUCCUGCAUUCCUCCCACAGCGUCAGAUUAGCUUGGAUGUAUUCAAGAAGAAAUCACAAGAGGAGCACCAAGCAGCAGUUGCUUCAGCUGCUCGGGAAACUGAAAUCCUGAGUGGGAAAUCUACACCCGAUUCGUGUUUGGUAAGCCAGUACCUUGGUCAGUCCACUGACUUCAAGCAGAACCAAUUUGAAGCAGUAAAUACUCAGGAAUUUCUUACUAACAAUGGUAGUGCUAAGACUGGUUCUGGGCAAAGUGGCUACCUUUUACCUCCACCUGCUGUUGCACCCCCUUCUUCAUUAUCUUCAUGCACUGUCUCUCAGCCAUCAGAGAUCCAUUGCUCAAAUAAUAGAACAGACGAAAACAGGGAAAGUACAUCUACUUUGGGAGAGGAUAAAAACCCUAGUUAUGAUCUCUCUGGUGUUGCUGGAGCCAAUAAUGUAUCUGAAGGUCAGGCCAAUGACAAAGGAAACUCUACAUCCAACGAAGGUCUGCAGAAUUUAGAAGACAUUAUUUGGCAAUUAGAGGCUGAAUUUGAAGGCAGCAGUAUUCAACAAAGCCAAACAAAAUUAGAUGGUCAGAAGCAAAAUCAGGAGAUAAAGGAAACUCACAACUCUAACUCAGGACAUCUUGAUCUCGAGCCAACCUCAUGUCAGCCUUCAGCUAUUGGUGCUUCACAAACUUCUGAUCCUAAAGUAGGGUCAGAGGAUCAGUCACAAACAAACAACAAAAAUGAAUUAAACAAUAUUCCUUCAGUGUCAUCAUCUCAGGGGGGUUCAGAAGGAUGUCUCAAAGGAACAAAUGCCCCUGAAGUGUCUAGGGAACUUCUCUUACAACAACAACAGCAUCGUGUGCUAGAGGACCCCUUUACGGUCCCUUUUUCUGCCCCUCAAUCCCCUAGGAAAUUUAAAAUUGAAUCUACUGGUGCUGUAACUGUUCUCUCCACUACUGGCUGCUUUGAUGAGAGCCAGGAUCUGGGGGAUACACCUACCAAGAAUAGUGCUCCUUUUAACCCAUCAAUCAGCGACUUUCUUGAAUCGCCUCUUCGCUAUCUGGACACACCAACAAAGAGUCUGUUGGACACUCCUAACAAAGACAUGCAAGCAGAAUUUCCAACCUGCAACUGUGUUGAACAAAUUGUGGAGAAGGAUGAAGGUCCAUAUUACAACCACCUGGGUUCAGGACCAACUGUGGCAUCAAUCAGAGAACUUAUGGAAGAAAGAUAUGGACAGAAAGGAGAGGCUAUCAGGAUAGAGAAGGUGAUGUACACUGGUAAAGAGGGUAAAAGUUCACAAGGAUGCCCCAUUGCCAAGUGGGUGAUUCGGAGGUCCAGUGUCACAGAAAAGCUCUUAUGUCUUGUCCGGCAUAGAGCAGGCCAUCACUGUGAAAAUGCAGUCAUUAUUAUUCUCAUUUUGGCCUGGGAAGGAGUGCCACGAGAGGUGGGUGACAAGCUGUAUCGAGAGGUUUCUGAAACUAUCACAAAGUUCGGCAACCCCACUGCACGGCGCUGUGGCCUCAAUGAACUUCGUACCUGUGCCUGCCAAGGCAAAGACCCAGAAACAUGUGGAGCCUCUUUCUCAUUUGGUUGUUCAUGGAGUAUGUACUUCAAUGGAUGCAAAUAUGCUCGCAGCAAAACACCACGCAAGUUCCGAUUGAGUGGAGACAACCCUAAAGAGGAGGAGAACCUGCGGGACAGAUUUCAAGACCUGGCAACCAGAGUGGCUCCAGUGUAUAAGAAGCUGGCUCCCAAGGCCUACGGUAACCAGGUGGCAACAGAAAAUUUGGCCCUUGACUGCCGCCUUGGCUUGAAGGAGGGACGUCCCUUUUCUGGUAUUACUGCCUGCAUGGACUUCUGUGCUCAUGCACACAAGGAUCAACACAACUUGUAUAAUGGCUGCACAGUGGUUUGUACACUGACCAGAGAGGACAACCGAACUGUGGGAAAAGUCCCUGAAGAAGAACAACUCCAUGUUUUGCCUUUGUACACCGUUUCACUUACAGAUGAAUUUGGCAGUGAGGAGGGACAACGUCAAAAAAUGAAAAAUGGUGCUAUCCAGGUGCUUUCCAAAUUCCGCCGUGAGGUGCGAAAACUGCCAGAGCCAGCAAAGUCAUGUCGGCAGCGCAGACUUGAGUCUAAGAAAGCUGCAAGUGAGAAGAGGAAACUUUCUAGAGAAAAGUCCAUUGAGACCCCAGAAAAAAUCAUUAAGACAGACGAGCAACCUGUCCCGCUUCAAGGAGCCCACAAAGGCAUGCUUACACCUAAGCAAGAAGCAAAACCCACCAUCAAAAUGGAGCCAAAAGACCCUUUUUCCAAAACCAAUGCGGUGCUAGAGAGUUACUCGGUGCUAGGAAACUGCCGCCCCUCAGAUCCUUACAGCAUGAAUAGCGUUUACGCAUAUCCUUCUUACUAUGCAAGAUCCAACCUGCCUCCAUCUUCUCCCAAAUCUGCACCCGUCAAUGGCUUCCACCCCAAGUUACCCUUACCAUAUGGAUAUUACAAUUACCCUCCUAACCACCUGUUCCAGGCACCGUUCAUUGGCUGUGACAGUAGGAAUAAUGGCUGGCCAUCAGAAGGGGGUGGCUAUGAAAAGAACACGGAGAGCCAAAGGCUAAACCAUGGGUAUCCUGAAUUUUCAGACCAAGCAAAUGCUGCUGUCUCUGGAAAACCAGGUUACUCCUCCACAUUAAGAGCUUCACAUGAAUUUUCCCAAUCCCUCAAUGGUUUCCAGGCAACCAAUCAGACUCAAGGAGAACCGACACGUUUUGCAAGUCCCAUCAUGAGAGCAAUUAAGCAAGAGCCUGUGGAUUCUGCUUUGUAUUCAGACUGUGGUGUAGGGAGAUGUACUCCCAAAGGAGAUGGAGCCUCAAAGAGUUCCAUGCCAGCAGCUAGCCCGAGUCCACAACUUGAGCAGUGGCCUAGCCACAAAAUGAAUGGGAGCAUGACUUCAGAGAACACUUGGAACAGCAAUCUCAACUCUAAGUUUUCUAGUGGGGCGCAGCGGGCCCCAGGCUCGUGGAACUCUCCAUCGCCUUUUAGUCCCAGCCCAAGUCCUUCUGAAGGGAGAAUACAACUGGACAAGCAAAUGCAACAGCAACAGUGGAAUUCAAUUCAAAACAGCAAAGGUCUCCAUCCUGGAUUUACAUCUCCUUCCCCAGCACCCUCACCACACCGUUCAAGCACUCCUGGAGUGGGAGCUAGCCUCAAACCAAACAGCAUGCCCAGCAGUCCAUCACCCAUUCCACAAGGAAAGUCAUGGAACACAGCUCCAGUGGGAUACAGUCUUGGCAACAGUAAUGGUGAAAAAACGGCAAUAAAUAGCAACAAGACACUCGCUGCUGGUGGCUAUCCAGAGAAGCUAUGGGGCAAAGUAGAUGAAAGCAGGGUUCCCACUCCUCUGGGUCUUCAUGAGAAAGCCUGGAAAUCCUUUGGAGGUUCAGCUGCAGCUGGGGCAGUUGAUCCACCAGAUCAUAAUUUGGCUAUGACCCCUGUGGAGACCCCUGAGGGAAAGGUGUACCCCAACCCUUUCACAGGGAGUGAUGACGACUCCAGAGGAACACCACACAGCACCAAAGUGUGGGGUUCAUGUGACUUUCAGAAAGGAGAAGGCCAAGAGAAAGAAAUAAAGAGAGAGGAGGAGGAGGAAGAAAUAUGGUCAGACAGUGAACACAACUUCCUCGAUCCUAGCAUUGGUGGUGUGGCUGUGGCUCCAGCGCAUGGCUCUAUAUUGAUAGAAUGUGCACGCAGGGAGCUCCAUGCAACCACACCUCUCAAGAAGCCAAACCGUACACACCCUUCCCGUAUUUCCUUGGUUUUCUACCAGCACAAAAACCUCAACCAGCCCUGCCAUGGUUUGGCCCUGUGGGAGGCCAAAAUGAAAGUUCUGGCCGAGCGGGCUCGUCAGAGACAAGAAGAAGCAGCACGUCUUGGUUUGUCCCAGGAAGACAUGAAGGCCUAUGGGAAGAAGCGCAAAUGGGGAGCGAGCAAUGCAGCCAGCCCAGCUCCAGAGAGUCAGCCGAAAAAGAAAAAGGAUUCCUUGCCCACACGUGUGAGCUCCACUCUAAUCACUAACUCCAUUAUCACAGUAUCGUCAUAUGCCUACACGCAGCUCACUGGACCUUACAGUCGCUGGAUUUAACAUCUCCUGGAUAUGAUGCAGCAGUCUAGGCUACUAGUAUUCUUUUUUGGUUGUAAUUUUACCUCAAAUUUGGCAGCAAAGAUCAUCUUUCUUUUUUAGUUUCCUUCUUUUUGAUAAAAAGAACAUGGCAGGAUUUUGUGGUGCUUUACUCUUUCAAAUGGAAGAGAUUUAAAUCCCCCCUGUCUGCUCUACUACUUCACAGUCUCCCCACCUUACUUGGAAACUUCUUCCUAUUUUGGAAAAACUAAGUUAUUGUCUUUGAAGAAGACGUAAUUGGGAGCAAGGGAGUAAGGCAGGGUUGACAGAAGAGAUUAUAUAAUAACACGUGUACUCCCUUUGGAAGAUAAAGGUGACAUUGGGAUUCAAUAAGAAAGAAAGCUGCAACAAACAAACCUACCGAUAACAAUGCAACAAGAAACAGUCGCUGGACUUUCCUACUAUUUAUAACUGUCUCGUUCUGCAUUUUAUUUGAAAAAUCUUGCACAUCACAAAAAGAAGGAAAGAAAACAAGCUGCAUCCUUGGAAGAGAAAUUUUAAAAAUCUAUUUUAAUAGAUAUUUAUUUCAAGAUUGCUUUUGGUUUUAUUUUCCUUUUCUCAAAUCAAUGAAAAAAAAAAAAAAAACAGACAGCAAAACAGCACAGUGUGUUGGUCAAAGCGCCUUCACGCCAUACCCCGGGAAGGCCUUGGACCUAACGAGUGCUGCAGGCUUUUCUGCGGGCAACUGCGGAGAUUUAUUUUUUUGUUCUUUUGUCUUAACUUUACUAUUUGAACGGAGUGCAUCUUGUGCCGAAGUAACAUUUUUUUUUUGUUGUUGUUGUUUUUGUUUUUUACAUUUGGUCUGUCUCACCCACCCUGUUCUCUAAGGCUUAGACGGACAAACACAGUGCACUGGUCAAAAGUGAAGGAGCUAACUGGACACUAGGUGUGCAAAUACAUCUCAGAAGCCUGUAUUUCUUACAGUGUGUCCCGAUAUAUAAACAUGGAUAUAUAUAUAUAUAUAUAGAUAGAAAUAUAUAUGUGCAUAUUUAUAUAUUUAGUAUACUCAAAACAAUGCUGAACGUUCCUUUCACCUUGGCCGCCUUUUCUACAACCAACAGCAGCCCAACAGCAAAUCUCUGAGGUUGUCCCCAGGUGUAAAAUAGUUGAGCAUCGAAUAGAAAAUGGACACCGACCAAAGCUUUGAGUUUUUGCUUUGUCUCACACACUUACAUAACUACAAUAUGCAGCUACUGUUUUGUUUUGUUUUUUUUUUGUUUGUUUUUUUUUCUUUUUCAUUUUUUUGGGUUAUUUUACUGGUGCUUUUAACAAAUGUCUGAGAUCUUUUCUGCUAGUUUUCCUGUUUUCCACACUAAUAGGCACAGAUGCAAACACAGACAUGGAACCCCCUGAAAUUCUGUAGUCACCUUGUAGGCUGUUUACAAAACAAACAAAAAAAACAAAAACACAAAAAAACAAAAACACAAAAGUGUCCCAAUGCCUUGUUCUCUUUGGGCUUUGGGGCACCCCAUCUACCUCCUGACACUCAAACGUCAUGACCACGGCACGGCAUGCGUCCUUUUGAUACUUCGUGAAAGCGUUUUAAACUGAGAAAACGGACAGCUCUCUACUGUUAAUCUGAAAUGUCACCAGUUUCUAAUUUGGAAAAUUCUACAGGAUGCUUACACAGCAUUGGUCUGGAGUUGGUGACUCCGCUGUUGCAGUUUAAACCCCACAAGGUUUCACUUCUGUGUUCUUGCUUGUCUGUGAGGUGCUUCGUUUAACAUGCCUGCAUUUAGACAUAGUGUGGAAAACAAGUGGUGCUCUUAGCAGAUGAAAGCGUCUUUGGACUGCUGUCUUUCAAGAUGUUUCACAACUCAUUUUAAUACAGGAAACUCCACUGGUGCCAUUUGAAUUUACUGUAAUACCUUCAGUGUACAUGGUGCUCCUUUAACAGCCUACAGUCCUUAAGCGUUGAAUGAGAACAUAAAUCAACCUGCUGAGGAACACGGGUAUCGCGUGGCACAGUUUGAAUGCAGUAGGCGUACUGUAUUAACCAGCGUAUAAGCUGAACAGAAGUUUCUGAUUCCUGUCUCCCUUAACUGUGAAAGCAAAUAAAUCUGUUAUAUGUAGUGCAUUUUUAGGAUGGGAAAUGUAUUUGGUGCAGUGUAGGGCCUCCUCUAAGGUGUGAAAAGCAGUGAAGAGUUUACAAAACACUUGCUCGGUUCAUUAUUGCAUGAGAGCCAAAAAAUAACAAA